CAUGUUGUGUUCAGAUGGCAUUUGUUUGGGUCGAUUCUGACGGGUUAUUCAUCUUUUGCUUUCGAGCACUGACUCUACAACACAACCCAGGCAUAAUUAUUUAUCGUUCGGAGCUACUUGGCUCUGUCCGCAGAUGCACGGUUUGCACCUGAUCCUAUUGUUCGUUUUUUGACGAACAUCAUGGGUUGAGAAGUUUGAAAAUACCUGUCAGGAUCUAACACGUCCAUAAACUGGAUGGUUUUACGUAUUUAAGCCAUCAUUUCGGGGUUCGUGUUAUCUAUUUAUUGACGUAAGGCCCUACUAUAACAAUGGCAACAGAUGGAGUCCUUGGUUAUGACGUCAUAUUUAGUGGUGAGCCAGACCGGAAGUAUGUGUGCCCCAUCUGUCUGGUGGUGAUGCGUGAUGCUGUGCAGACGACAUGCGGUCACAGGUUCUGCAGGGAAUGCAUUGUCCAAGUGGCAAGUCGGAGCCAUCCAAAAUGCAAAUGCCCGGUUGACAACACCUGGUUUAACAUUCAGCAAGAGAUGUUUCCGGAUGUUGCAGUGCAGAGAGAGAUCUUAUCCCUUGAGGUGAAGUGUGACCAGGUGUCUGCGGGAUGUCCAUGGCACGGAGAGCUGAGAGACCUGCAGAAUCAUCUAUUGGGUUGUGGCUUCAUCGAAGUCGAGUGCGAGUUUGGAUGUUCAAGACAGAAGGUGCUGCGGUGUGAACUGGACAGACAUCAAGAGAAUUGUGACAGACGACCAGUCACAUGUGAACACUGCAAUGACAGCAUGCCAUGCAUAGAGCUAACACGCCACCAGCUGUUGGACUGCAAAAAGCUGCCCCUGGGCUGUACCCAGUGUGGUCAGUGUGGGAUACAAAGGGGUGGAAUACAGCGCCAUCUUGACCUUGACUGUCCCAAGGCCAUGGUCCCCUGCCCCUACCUCAAGUAUGGAUGUACACACAAGGGUAAGAGGGAUGAAAUAUCAAACCAUGAAAAAAUGGCUUCUGAGAAGCACCUGGCCAUGUUGAAGCUGCAGACAGAGCAACAAAACUACCGGAUGAAGGUUAUGGAGACAGAGAUCUCACAGCUAGCUAGCUUGUUGGAGAGCCAAAAGCUGAUAAUGGAAGAGAAAAUAAUCACAUUGACGGAACAUCAACGUCAUUCGUUCAACGGUCGACUGCAGUGGAAGAUCAGCCUCCUUCCGGGCCAAACCAAGUACACGAGCCCAUCAUUUUACACAGGGUUGCCAGGCUAUAAGCUGCACAUGUGCCUCGAGCUGAAGGGUCACAUGGAACGAGACGUCAGUUACGCUUCAAUGUUUGUCAUCCUUGAAAAGGGGGAAUAUGAUGACGAGAUAUUCUUUCCAUUCAAUGCCCGAGUGAAAGCAAUGGUCCUUAGUGUAGACCCUGACUUGAAUCAGAAUGUGGCGCCUGUUCUAAUUCACUGUAGGAACAUCCCAAGAUGCAAUGCGGAGGGAGUUGUAUUCAAUAGUCUCAGAGGGCGAUUGAGGUUCAUGCAGACUGAUCACCUCUUGAGCAGCCAGUUUUGUGUAAACAACACCAUCUUCCUGGGGAUCAAGGUAGCUGACAUAUAGACAUGAAUGAUACAAUUAGAGCUGUAACACUCUUGUCAAAAUUUAACCUAGAAACUCCAGUAAUAUUUCUACUUAGAAAUGAGUGUGGAGAAAAUUGUUUUAUUAGUAUUGAUGUAUACUGUUAGAUAAAUUCGUAAACAAAAGUUAUCAUGUUAUUCCUUUAAAAGAAAUGUACAUGUUUGUGCAGCAUUAUUUUCUGUGUUUGCUACUAUUGGAUGCAUGUUCUUUUUUAUGUAAACAAUUGAUAUGCAUUUCCUUAUAUAUAUUUAUCACAUUAAUUUGUGUUCAAAGUUAUUUAAAAGCAUGUACUUCAAUUAUUUGCAGCUGUGUAUUUUACUGACUAUAAAAGUAUGCAUAUUAUUAAAAGUAAUAUAUCGACUAUUGCAUACUAUUUGAACAUGUUAGAUGUAUAUACAUUUACUGCCCUCAUUUAUUACUUAAGAUGGCAGCUUUGAUAAUGAACUAAUUCAAUGCAAUAUUUGUCUUUCAAGACAUUAUUUUGUCUUUCGCCAUUAAAUAUGCAAUUUUCAAGGGUAUGAUUUCUCCUCCCUUCAGCUGAUUUAUUCUUUGAUGUUAAAAUAAUUUCACAAAUUGUUGUAAACUUUGCUGGAAAUGUAUACAAGUGAAGAGUUUAGUUUAACACUGUAAGGUGGGGUAGGCCAUUUUCCUCCCCUGCUCUUAAAUCAUGCCCCUUUUGUAAUUAUAAACAUGUAUUUCUAAUAAAUUGCUUGGUUCGCUAUGCAUGUUAUGUAUUCUAAAAAUAUUUUCUUUUGAACUGGAGUUUAAAUGCAUGAUCGUUUCUAUUGAAAAGUUACUAAAUAAAAGAAAAACAAGCA